UGAAGCAUCGGCAGACGUCUACUAGGUGCCUCGCGUCAUGUCCGCCGUGCCGUGUCCACCGCAGUCCAUGGCCAGGCCGCCAGAUCCUAUUCUCCCAUGAUCCAUCCAUGGCGGGCGGCAUGGCCCCGGUCUUCACUUCGGCUUCUAGUGGACGGAAUCACGGAUACGCAUCAAGAGCCUCCAUGAGGCUAGGGAUCGUACGGGCCAACGCGGACUACGGACAAAUUCGCAAACUCGUUAGCUUGACACUGUCCGUGACGGGACCACCACCAUCAUCAUCAUCAUCCAUGACUUUUGAUUGUCGUGGCCGAUACCGCCAUGCACGACAGAAUCUUCUUCCAAGGGAAUCCACCCCUUUUUUUCUGCUUCAGUAUCAGCUUGCCGGGCAAGCCUUUGAUUGCAAGCUUGUCAAUGUCGUCUGCUUGCGAGAUAUCCGCACCAUGAUGCAGCAGGGGCCUUCUUUGGAAUUGCCUCAUUUGGUUUGGUCGCUGCCCACAACGACCCCCCGUUGCCAAAUCUUCCACUGCUCAGAAGCCUUCCUGGAAUCCUGGAAGCUGGCACUGGCAGACAAUGAUAUCCGCACACACCGCAACUGCAAAACCCGCGCAGGUCUUGGCAGCCAUGGACCAGCAGCGAUGCCCGUUUGCCAACUUGCCGUCAGGUCCCUGGGCUUUCAUCUCGUCUUCGGCUUCAUCGUCUCCACAAGCGCACGCACAUCAACGACUCCGUUCCAAGUCAUGGGCUCACGCUUGAGCCAGUGGCAGGUGGUACCUUUGUCUUUGAUGGUAUCCAUCGCCCGCAUCUGCCAUGGAAACUUGUUGUUGAAGACUUCAAAGUUCACGGACGCCAGAUACCGUUGGCGACACUCAGUGUGUGCCAAGCAGCGAUUCAAUGAAAAAUCUCGCCCCCCUGCCCCCUUUCACUUCCCACGUCUUGGAAAAGUUGGGGAUUCAGGACCGGCACUCGAAAGGCUUGUCGAGGGGAGCCCUGCUCGCACUGCAGCCGCACCAACCAACCCGCUUGACCUGCUCGUCCCGUCGCUGGUGUGACAAGCCAUGCCGAACAAUCGGUCACCCGUCUGUCACCUGUAAUUGACAUGGCCUUGUCGCACAAGGUGGCAAGUUGGUGAUUUUUGCUCGAGGCCGUGAAACUUUGUCAUCGCACGG